AUGAGUGAGAGCCGUCGGGAGGCCCUGGUGGCCCCCCCGGCCUUCACGGCGGCCCCCACGGGGCCACCCAACGCCACCGCGGGCCCCGGUCCCUUGGGGCCCCGGCCCCAGGACCAGGCCUUCUCCAAGCUCAAGGACAAGUUCAUGAACGAGCUCAGCAAAAUCCCACUGCCGUCAUGGGCCAUCGUGGCCAUCGCCUUCGUGGCCGUCCUCCUCAUCCUCACCUGCUGCUUCUGCGUCUGCAAGAAGUGCAUCUUCAAGAGGAAGAGCAGGAAGAAGGGCAAGGAGAAGGGAGGAAAGAACGCCAUCAACAUGAAGGACGUCAACGACUCCGCCAAAAUGGAGGCCCUGCAGGAUGAGGACGAUGCAGAAACGGGCCUAUCGGACAGUGAGAAGGAGGCGGAGCCUAAGGAACAGGAGAAACUGGGGAAGCUGCAGUAUUCUCUGGACUACAACUUCACUGAAAACCAGCUCAUGGUGGGGAUCAUCCAGGCGGCCGAACUCCCGGCCAUGGACAUGGGGGGCACCUCGGACCCCUACGUGAAGGUCUACCUGCUGCCCGACAAGAAGAAGAAGUUUGAGACCAAGGUCCACAGGAAGACCCUCAACCCCACUUUCAACGAGCAGUUCAACUUCAAGGUGCCCUACACCGAGCUGGGCGGCAGGACUCUGGUCAUGACCGUGUACGACUUCGACCGCUUCUCCAAGCACGACGCCAUCGGGGACAUCACGGUGCCCAUGAACAAGGUGGACUUCAGCCGCGUCACCGAGGAGUGGAGGGACCUACAGAGCGCAGAGAAAGAGGAGCAGGAGAAGCUGGGGGACAUCUGCUUCUCCCUACGCUACGUCCCGACGGCCGGCAAGCUCACCGUGGUCGUCCUGGAGGCCAAGAACCUGAAGAAGAUGGACGUGGGCGGCCUGUCAGACCCGUACGUGAAGAUCCACCUGAUGCAGAACGGGAAGAGGCUGAAGAAGAAGAAGACCACGAUCAAGAAGAACACGCUCAACCCGUACUACAAUGAGUCCUUCAGCUUUGAGGUGCCCUUCGAGCAGAUCCAGAAGGUGCAGGUCGUGGUGACCGUUCUGGACUACGACAAGAUAGGCAAGAACGACGCCAUCGGCAAGGUGUUCGUGGGGCUGAACAGCUCGGGGACGGAGCUGCGGCACUGGUCGGACAUGCUGGCCAAUCCCAGGAGACCCAUCGCCCAAUGGCACGUUCUGAAGCCGGAGGAAGAGGUGGAUGCUCAGCUCAGCACCAAGAAAUGA